AUACGAAUAUCUCACGUUACUCCUUUUGUCGAAUGUUUCGUUUUAGAUAGAGAAUGCGAAGAGUUAGCCAGCCCUAGCUUCGGACGGGUUACCUUGAGAGGGUUGUUGUUUAGUGAUAAGGCGAAUUAUACUUGCGAACUCGGCUAUACCCUGGUGGGACCUAAGCAGAGGACAUGCCAAGCUGAUGGCACCUGGUCAGGAAACACGCCUACCUGUAAACAGAGCAGUUUUUGCACUAAACCUCCAGUGAUUGGAAAUGCCCGUCAUAAUGCUCGUCCUGAGCAAAAUGCUUUCGAUGUGGACGAGACGAUUCAAUACCAGUGUACGACUGGUUACGUCACCAAUGGUUUCCCUGCAGCCAAAUGCCUGGCAGUGGAAGGAACUGCUUCUUGGUUCGGGCCGGAUAUAUCGUGCGAGCCCAGAACAUGCGGUACACCCCAUGAAAUCUCCAACGGCUGGCACACCGGCGACUGUUUCACGUUCAACUGUCGAGUCAACUACCACUGCGAAGAAGGAUACGAACUGGUAGGCAGACCAGAGCGAACAUGUCAAUCAGACGGCCUCUGGACUCCCAAAGAAUUACCGUCUUGCGUGCCCGUACAGUGCCCCACACCUGAAAAUCCGCUAUUUGGGACGGCGAUAUUUACCUCGACGUCGUAUAAUUCGGUUGUAUCGUACGAAUGCAAGUACGGAUAUAUGCUGGUCGGAGAACGGACUCGAAGAUGCGGAGCUGAUAAGAAAUGGACGGCGGCUACUCCUAAAUGCCAAGAAAUCAAUUGCGGUCCACCCGGUAUCCUUCAUAAUGGUUGGAUGGAGAAUUUGGAAGCGGGCACUGGUCUAGGAGCUAGUAUUAUAUUUCGAUGCGACGACGGUAUGUUAAUGGUGGGCAAUGCGUCGACAGUGUGUCAAAAUGAUGGCAAAUGGAGAUACCCGCCUCCUCUAUGCUUAGCUCCUUGUAUCGUACCUAAAGUUCAACAUGGCAGACUUGUCGUCUCUAUAGACGACAGUGGUUACGAGAGUGAGCAUAAUUCUAGCGCAACGGCGGUGAAACCUUCGCUUAUUGAAAUAUCUAUCGUGAAACAUGCCACUCAAGUUUUCGUCGAGUGUGACAAUCGUUACGAGUCAUCGAACAAUACGAUUCCUGUUGUAUGUAAUAAUGGCACUUGGUCUUAUAUACCCAAAUGUCAACCUGCUCGAUGUAAACAUUUGCCCAAGACUCCGGAGAAUGGUAUGAUAAUUGCGCCUAAAAUGGAACACGGUACCAAGGCAAGGUUUAAAUGCCUCGACGGGUAUACCAUUCUGGGGAACAAAACAACCGAAUGUAAAUAUGGAAAUUGGUCUUCCGAAGUGCCUUUAUGUGUAGAAAAAUAUUGCCCUUAUCCGGGAACCAUUGAUAAUGGGAAAAUACUGCUGGUAGGGAGCAUGGGUAAUUACGAUUAUCGACCUUAUGUCAAGAAAGUCAUCAAUGAUAGACAAGUAGUCUACGAAUGUGAUAAAGGAUACGUCUUGGAAGGAGGUCCGGUCGGAGCUACUUGUGUGGAUGGCCACUGGAGACCUCAAAAGUUACCUAAGUGA